AUGCAUCUCUCAGCUCUUGUGGUCGCCUCAUUGGCGUCUGUCUGUCUUUCUGCUCCUAGUGCGAGUGUGGAACAGCAACCAAUUGGUGCUUCGGAGCCCAACAGCAUCGGCUCAACAUGGACCAAGGAACUGAUUUCACUCCACCGUCACCUCAUCUCAACUGAAUCCAUCAGCGGUAACGAGUACGAUGUUGGAAAGUGGCUGUCCGAUUACCUGAAGCAUGAUGGCUGGACCAUUGAGACGCANAAGGUCAACAAUGAUAGCUCUCGUCUCAACAUUCUGGCCUACCCGGGUAAAGUCCGUAACGCCGACCUACUCAUCUCGAGCCAUAUCGACACUGUUCCUCCAUUCUAUCCUUACAAGAUUUACUCCAACGACUCUGAAACUAUCAUCUCUGGACGUGGAAGUGUGGAUGCCAAAGCAUCUGUCGCUGCUCAGAUUAUCGCUACCAAGAAGCUUCUGGCCGAGAAGAAGCUUAAGGCUGAUGAUGUAGCUGUCCUCUACGUUGUUGGUGAAGAGGUCCAUGGUGAUGGCAUGCGUGCUGCCAAUGCACUUGAAUUAACCCCUAAGACCAUCAUCUUUGGCGAGCCCACUGAGGGCAAGCUCGCAGCGUGGNNUGGUCACAAAGGUAUGCUAGGCUUCACUCUGAAUGCGUUUGGAAAGGCAGCACACAGUGGUUACCCAUGGCUGGGUCGCAGCGCGAACGAGGUACUCGUCUCAUCACUCUCUGCAUUGAUGCAGCUCAGUCUCGAGCUCCCCAAGAGUGAAAAGUACGGUUCCACCACUAUCAACAUUGGCAAGAUCGAAGGCGGAGUGGCAGGCAAUGUCGUCGCCCAAAACGCCAGCGCUCAAAUCGCCAUCAGAAUUGCAGCUGGAACACCAGACGAGAUUGGCAAGCGUGUACACGAAGCCAUCAAGGCCGCAACAGACGAAUUCAAGACUCCUGGUCACGAAGACGAAGACAUGUUUGAGAUCGUCUUUGCAAGCAAGGGAUAUGCGCCCGUCGACAUUGAUCAUGAUGUUGAUGGAUUUGGCACGAUCACAGUCAACUACGGCACCGACAUUCCCAAUCUCGACAAGCUCGAUGGACAGAAGAGAUAUCUGUACGGACCUGGGUCGAUCCUCGUCGCUCAUUCGGACCACGAAGCCGUCAAGCUCAGCGAUUUGGAAAGUGCAGUGCAGGACUACGAAAAGCUAAUCCUGCAUAGCUUGUCAUAG